AUGUCUGAUUUGUUCGGCUACAAACUCCUAGCACUUGUUCCCGGUACAAAGAAAAUGUCAGUUCACGACUACAAAGAACCAUUUUAUGAAAAUACUUCAACGGGAAAUGCAUUUCUCACCACUUCUCGGGAGAACAUAACAGCAGUUAUUUUUUCUAAUAUGGCAACAACGCAAGGUUCUAAAACUCGUACAGGCAUGAAAACGCACGUGGCGUUCUUGAAAGUCCACAAAGCAGGAUCGACAACUAUGCAGAACCUAUUUUUCAGAUUUGGUCUACGGCAUAACUUAAAUAUUCUCCUUCCAAGAUCUGGCACAUAUCUAGAUUCACCUGGACAGAAACUGCCUUUAAGGCCUGGUGAACACUACGAUAUUUUUGCAUGCCACACCGUUUAUCGCACGGAAUUGUUUAAAAGCCUACUUCCGGCAGAUUCGGUAAAUAUCGCCAUCGUCCGUGAGCCAGUUGAUAGAAUGAUCAGUGCUGCAUUUUAUUUCAGGGAUCUUAUUGGCGAUAAAUACCUAAAAAGAAUUCCCUCAACUUAUUACAUCCACAACCUCGUGAAUUUCCCAGAAAAAUACAACACAGCAUUCUUUUCGCGGACUAGGAACACAAUGGGUAAAGAUUUUGGAUUUCCCAAGUAUAUUCAGCCAAAUAAAAAGGCUCAAAUAAAGGCAUAUUUGGAUAAGCUUAAUUCAGAAUUUUUACUUGUUAUGAUAAUGGAAAAGUUUAAUGAAUCUUUGGUCAUGAUGAAAACGGCACUUAACUGGUCAUUUAUUGACAUUAUCUAUCUAAAAAGCAAUUCACAUAAACACAGCCAAAUUGUGCUAAAUGCUACUGAAAUAGCAAAGUAUAAAAAUACAAGUUUUUUAGACUUUGAAAUUUAUAAUUAUUUUUCAGAAGUAUUUGAAACAAAGUUGAAAACGAUGGGAAGUGAUUUCAACAAUGAAGUCAAGUUUUUCCAAACUGUUUUGGAUAGAGUCCAUGAUUUUUGCUCGACAGACACUGUGAAAGAACUCACUUUGACAUUUUUAAGUUCGAAAUGGGAUAAACAUUUUGUAGUAAGAGACACUGAUUGUGAAUGGAUGAGAACUGGAGAAAUGCGAUUCAUUUCUAAACUUCGUUCAAAUUAUACUAUGAAACGUCGAGGAUAGAGUUUGCUAGUUGAGUACCCCAUUUUAGCAUAAUAUAAUUUAUAACAAAAUUUUACCAUGGAAGCAUUGAAAUA